UAUCGAAGCACCAGGAAGGGUUUCCUUUGGUACACCAUUGGACAGAUUAAAGAAGUGGGUAGACAUUUCUAUAAUACGAAAGUUGAAGUGGAAGUAUUGAGAAUAACCACGAGUUUAGACAAUUUACACGUUAUGAUGCAGUUGACCUUUGAUAACAGAGCAUUCCAAGCGGAGCAAAAGCAUCAAGUGCACAGUGUGGACAGUUUCAUGUUACCGGUCAAGGCCUAUCUCUUUCUACAGAUCUUCCCUUUUUGUAUUGUAUUCGAUCAACAUCUGGUCAUCAGGACAAUCGGUAACAGUCUUCAAGCUGUGAUGCCCAAUAUUAUUGGAAGAAAGAUCCCUCAAGUGUUCGAUUUGACCAGACCUUUAAUCGAUUAUACUUGGAAGGCGAUUUUGGGCCACACAAACAAUAUAUUCGAGCUAACGUCAAUUGAACCAAUCAGAAAGAAAGAUAACAACGAAAAUCACGUAACACACGUGAGAACUAAAUCCGAAAUGGAAUCAUCCGAAGACGAAGAAUACGAUGAUUCGAAAAACGAAGAUAAACUUCUACUCUUAAAAGGGCAGAUGAUGUAUAUGGAAGAAUGGAAGAGUAUAGUUUAUCUCGGGACACCAGUUAUGAGAGAUUUGGAUGCCAUGCUUCAUACAGGUCUUUACAUUAAUGACCUCAGUAUGCAUGAUUUUAGUAGAGAUAUGGUUUUGGCAGGCCAACAACAAUCUGCUGAACUUAAAUUAGCAUUAGAUCAGGAAUUACAAAAGAGUAGGCAACUAGAAGAAUCGAUGAGGAAGUUAGACAUUGAGAUGAAACGAACUGAUGAACUCCUCUAUCAGAUGAUACCCAAACAAGUUGCAGAUAGAUUAAGAAGAGGAGAAGCUGCUGUAGAUACUUGUCAAUACUUUGAUUGUGUUACCAUUUUAUUCAGUGAUGUAGUGACAUUUACUGAAAUUUGUAGUCGUAUAUCUCCUAUGGAAGUUGUAUCCAUGUUAAAUGCUAUGUACAGUUUAUUUGAUCAACUUACUGAAAAACACGGUGUAUAUAAGGUAGAAACAAUAGGAGAUGCUUACAUGGUGGUGUCAGGUGCACCCGAACACGAUCCUAAACACGCUGAGAAGGUGUGUGACAUGGCUUUAGACAUGGUCGUCGUUAUUGGUGGACUUAAAGACCCUUCUACAGGAAGAAGUUUAAGGAUACGUGUUGGUGUACACUCUGGUGCAGUAGUUGCUGGAGUUGUGGGACUUAAAAUGCCAAGGUAUUGCUUGUUUGGUGACACAGUUAAUACCGCAUCCAGAAUGGAAAGCACUAGUGAUGCGCUGAAAAUUCAUAUAAGCGAACGAACCAAAGAGCUCUUGAAUUCGGAAGAAUGGGAUAUUUCAGAUAGAGGAACAAUCCCCGUAAAGGGGAAAGGUCAAAUGAAGACUUACUGGUUGCAUUCACGUAGAGGGAAGUCUAGAGAUGUAGACAAUCGUCCAAAACCGAGCGAUCCCGAAUUGAAAAUAAUCAAUUCAGACGACAGCAAAGACUGCAGACCAUGGUAUUCUCCAGUAACUUUCGAAGAAGUUGCAAAACAUUCUCCAGUUAGUUCACCACCGAAUUCUCCAACGAAUGUCUCGAGUGAUCCACCGGAAGUACCAUACGUAAGUAGAAGAGGGAGCUCAUCAAAAACAGCACAAUUAAAUCAAAUGCCACCGUCGCCAUUUUAUCAGACUAACCAAUCGAGUGGGAUUUUACAGAAACUAGGAAAGUUUAAAUUCACCGGCAAAUCGUACGAUACGAAACAGGCGUGGAAUUCGGGACCUCUAUUGAUAAAUGGCAACUUACAGAAUAAAAAUACGAGUAAAUAUCCUUGUUGCCAUCAUUGCCCCGUAGCAUCGAAUGGAGAAAGAAAUCAGCAAUCUUUUAAUUAUCUAGCGGAGCCUCACGUGAAAAGUAAAUCAUCGAAGAAGACACUCAACGGUGUUAGUUUCUGCCCUAAGAUAAGAGAGACUAAUUGUUGCAGCAGUUCAAAUUCCAGAGGACACGUUAAAAGUCAUACUUGCAGCAUUCUUUGAGCGUCAUCUGCUGAUUAUUUUCCAUGAAAAAAAUUUACAUUAUCUUCAGUAUUUACAGACGAGUGAUACAAGAUACAAAUUCUUAAUGAUUUCAUUUAAUUAUUAUUUUUUUUUUUCCAUAAAGAAAAUGAACGUGUUGUGUGCAAUAACUGAGAAAAUGGAUAUAUUGAAACUGAAACUCUUCGAAUGUUCCAGUUAUUUUGAUAUAUUUUAUAUUCAAUUUCUGAUAAUUUUCCCUCGAAAAUGGAAGUUUCUUUAAGAAUUAUCAAUAAUAUAAAUCAAGAAAAUAAGUUGGUGCCAAAGAAUAAUGAAAGAACAANAAA